ACUUCGGGCGCUGCUGCUACGUCACCGGCCACCACCCACCGCUAUAUUUACCGCUCCACCAGCUCGCUAGGGUCGCCUCAAUCACCAUCACCAUUCACCACCGCUUGCUUUGCUCUGGGGGGCUCUGAACUGCGAGGAGAGGAGACGCCAACACUGUUUGAAAUCGUCCAGUGAGAGCGGGAGGAGGGGGACGAUGGAGGCCGAGUACCACGGCGAUGAGACGAUGAUGGUGGGGGAGGAGGAGGGGUGGCAGACGCCGAGGCGCGAGGACUGCCGCAUCCCCGUGGUGCCCCCGUGCCCGGCGGCGCCGCCGAGGAAGAAGGCGGUCGCGCUGCCGGAGCUCGGGGGCGGCGGGAGGCGCCAGCCGCCCAAGGGCGGCUACUUCCAGCCGCCGGACCUCGAGUCCCUGUUCGUGCUCGCGCCGCCGCGGAGGCGUGCGGCCUCCAGCUGCGCGUGACUUUGCGUUACGCACCGGCGGCCUCCGUGGAGCUGGUGAACAAGCGAGGAAAGGUAGCGUAGGGAUGCAGCGGCAGCAGCUAGCACAUCUUGCCUUUUGGUUUUUGGGGAGAAGAUGGGUGUGCAAACAUUCGCCGCUGUUUCUUUUGUGUAUGUGAUCCUGCUAGGACUUGUAAGGUACGGUGUUGGUUAGGAGUGGUUUAGGCAAGUUCCGAAAGAUGUUCACCUCAAGCUUAUUAUGGGGCCUUGUGUUACUACUCUCCCCUGUUUUCUGAUCUUCCUCUCGGAGAAGCAGAUGAAUUUUUCUGCUGGCUGCAUCUUUGUUAGCACUAAAAACUGCACAAAUUUGUCGCUUGUUAUCGCAUCUCAGGGAUGCGUUAUUACUUC